ACUCCCACAGCAACCCCAAAUCCGCCGGCCACCAAAACUCCUACCCACCUAAUCUCGUCAGCCACCGGCAACCCCCUCUCCUUCUCGCCGCCGGCAAAGCCUACUUUUCUCUUUCUCUUUCUCUUUCUCUCUAUCUGCUUUUUUCUACCUCUGUCCCCAAACUUCUAUCUCCCUUGAUUUCUCUGCUUCACGCUCGAUCUCCCUCUCUCUUUCAAAGAAGAAGCUAGAAGAGCAGGGAAAGGAGAUAGGCCUGGAUUGAGAAUCAAGUGGGAGAGGGGGAGAGAGAGAAAGAAAGGGAAAAUGGUAACAGGAGAAUUGAACUCCUUCUUUAUCUCUGUUGCAAAAUCUCUCUCCGUAACUUUGGGAAGGCCAAAGCGGCAAAACGGCUGCGUUUAAAACGGUUCCAUCAUCCACCUCAGUCAGUCCUCCGUCUACCUUGCAGGCUUGCAGGCGCUCCAUAGCGCCACAGCUGCACAAACGGUUCUUCUUCUACUCUUCUUUUUCUUGGAUUAAAUGGCGCGUAAAUGGAAAGCGAAAGACGCAGAAGCUAAAGCUCUUGCAGAUCCCAUGUCAAAGAUAGUAUUGCAGCUUCAGUCUUCUCUAAUCCAAUCAGAUGCUCGAGGAAUCUUGUGUGGGUGUAGUGUACUCCUUGCUGCAGAAGACGAACAAGCUCAUCUCCUUGGCCGUGCCUACUUUGGCGACCGUGUUAUUAACGCCGAGAAGGAUAAGCAGUGGUUUCAGUUGGAUAUGGAAGAGGCAUUUUUCCUAUGCUAUUCUCUCAAAUGCCUGAAGAUAGUGGGUGAAGAUAAACGCCCAAAGGAUGUUCAAGAGCUCUGGCAGUACAUGAAAUCCAAAAAAGCAGCAUUCCCUGAUUUUUACAAGGCUUAUUCUCAUCUUCGACUGAAAAAUUGGGUUGUAAGGCCCGGAUUUAAAUAUGGUGCAGACUUUGUUGCCUACCGUCACCAUCCGAAUUUGGUCCAUUCUGAUUAUGCUGUGCUUGUGUCAUCAGAAGGAGAUGGUGAAGCAAAUGGGCGAUUGAGGGUGUGGUCUGAUAUUCAUGGCACCUUGAGGCUUUGUUUAGGUGUUGUAAAGACAUUGCUAGUUCUUAGUAUUAGUAAAAAUGGUCAUGAUGCUGCCUCCCCAUCAUGUUUGGAGAACUAUACGGUUGACGAGCGCACGGUUUCAAGAUGGGUUCCAGAACAAGGCCGCGAGGAUGAUACAUCAGUUGAUGUUGAAUCACAAGUAUCACAAUAGUUGAAAGCGGAACUAGCUCAGUUAUAGUAUAGAAUCCUAUUUCUCAUUUUACAAAUUCCAUGAGCAUGUUGCAGGAUAAAUGACUCUGUUUCAUAUCUAGGGAAUUUUUAAUCUAGAGUUGAUUUUCUGCA